AAUCACUUCGGAUAUGUCAGAAACCAGCUAUGGCAGGAAAUGCCAAUGGAAGAGCUGAUGCGGUCCAAAGCAGCUCUGAGGAAAUACAGAGGACAGAGUUUUAUCAUCUCCAAGGCAGGAUAUGGAGGUCUUUCUAUGGACUGUAUCCCUACAAGUCAAGCAUGAUCGGACCGGAGUCGCUGGCAGAUCCAUCUUCUGAUUGGGACAUUGUGGAAACAAUUGGGAAAGGAACCUAUGGCAAGGUCUACAAGGUCAUCAAUAAGAAAGAUGGAAGUCAAGCAGCCGUGAAAGUUUUGGAUCCCAUUAAUAAUCCCAGUCACACUAACAGAGAUGUGGAUGAGGAGAUUGAAGCCGAGUACAACAUCCUGCGUUUGCUGUCCAAUCAUCCCAACGUGGUGAAGUUCUUUGGCAUGUUCUACAAAGCAGAUGAGCUCUCUGGAGGGCAGCUAUGGCUUGUUUUGGAGUUGUGUAAUGGGGGUUCAGUAACUGACCUGAUAAAGGGUUUGCUGAUGAGGGGAAAACGUCUUGAGGAGCCCAUCAUCUCCUACAUUCUGUAUGGAGCACUUCUGGGUCUCCAGCAUCUUCACAACAACAGAAUAAUCCACCGCGAUGUGAAGGGCAACAACAUCCUCCUCACCACAGACGGUGGAGUCAAACUGGUGGACUUCGGUAAUGGCUACUGCUGUUUUUCUUUCGAUUGA